AUGCCUGAAUAUAUUAAACAAGUGGCUAUCACUGGAGAUAUCUCUAGAAUUGGCACUGACGAUGAUCUGAUCCGAGCCUGGUGUUCUGAAGUUGCCAAAGAAAUCUAUGAGCAAAAAUGCGAGUUUGCUGUUGUCCACGUACAAGGACUUCAUUCGGCAGAGAAUCCAGAUUACGCUGCAAGAGUCAUUUGUGGAUGCAUCACUGACAAUCCAGAAAUCUAUCGUGCUUUUGACAGUUCUUUCGCCUUCUUUGAUACAAAGUUAACUGGUCUCGGAAAUUUAUACCUAUUCAAGAACCAUUCAGAUGUUCAGUACUAUAAUAGAUUCUCUUCAACUGGAUAUAUAAACCUCCGCACUGGACAUCAACAUUCCAUUGGCAAGUGUGUGAAGGAGUGUGACGGAUUUAUUCAGAACACAUUUGGACAAAGUUACACUUUCAGAAAAGAUUUCUAUAAUGACGAUGGAACUCGAGACUUGGCUAACCAGCGAACUGGAUUUUUGCUUGCUCGCUUCCGCAUCCACGGAAAAGAAGUGACGUUUGUGAAUCUGAAUCUUCAUUCUGUUCCUUUCGAAGAUGUGAAUGAGAUUGCCACAAAGAAUGCCUCACUCACAAAAGCCGCAGCUAAAAGAGAAGAUCAAAUCGAGAUGCUUUUGAAAGAAUUGGAUGACGAAGGUCUUCGUAACGAUGCUAUCCUAGUCGCUGGGUCUUUCAAUUCUCAGCUUCAUGAGACUGAUCUACUCAACUAUCUUGCCAAGACUCAGUUGGUACAAACUGUCGCUAAGAAAGACGAAGAUGGAAAUGUGGAAUCAAUUGAACAUGUGGAUCGUCAUGGAAGAAGAACAACAACUGUGGAGAGAACUCGAUUCGAUCUUCAUUCGAUCCACGAUUGGUUCUUCCGUUUGGGAAGAGGCCAAAUGGUGAAGAGAUAUAACGGAGAGUUGGCUGAUCCAUCUCGUCACUAUGAGCUCAACGAGAAAGGAAAGGAAGAGUUCCAGAGAACUCUGUGUCCCGCGUGGAGUGAUAGAAUUUUGUACAAUGACAAGAUGAACGAUCUUUUCAGACAUGAUUCGUUCUGUGCUUCCGGUUUGUAUUACGGUCUGGUUGCUGAAGAGAAAUUCGUUGGACCACACAAACCAGUGGCUCUACAUGCAUCGAUUUGCUUGAAAUAA